UUUAUGUUCCGUGUAACUUCGCUUUUUGGAAUUUGUUUUUUGAAUGAAUGAAGAUGGAGUUUCUGUUAAUUUUUUUUUUACUAAAUAGGCUUGGUCGCUGUCGUUUUUUGGCUACCUUUCACUCAAUCCAUCACUCUCGGUUACGAUUAUCGCCAACAACCUCUCUCUCUCUCUCUCUCUCUCUCUCUCUCUCUGAGUUUGGGCGUCAUAGAGACACUUCCUUGUUGAUGAACAAAGGCUUUGAAGGUUGGACAGACAACUGGGUUUGGCUUAUAAUUUGGAGUAGUUACUUGACAUGGAAGCUCGUAUGGAUUUAUUGGAUCAGCUUGGCCCCAACCUGUCUUCGGAGAUUCUAACGUAUUUGGAGGAUCCGUCUGAUCUUUUCCGUGCUAGUUUCGUCUCACGGUCUUGGCGACAUUGUGUAAUUGCAAAUGGUCUUUGGAAGCAGUUCUGCUUGCGAAUGUUUCCUCAGUUAUCUAGAGUUGCUCGUGUUAUUGAAUUGAACAAUGGCAGCGAAAAAGAGCUUGUUGAAGUCGGAUCUAGCUAUCAAAUGGAAUGGGAAUCUUUGAAAAGGGAUGAUAGGGUCUAUGCUCUUUUAGCUCGAUAUUGUACAUCAUUUCUUGUUGGGAAUUGCAUUUCACAAGCAAUUAGUGCAUCUAGCACUGAUAAUUAUCCAGAGGAAAGCAUUGAAAAUACUCUACAACCAGCAGAUGUUGUUGAACGGAGGGCUUCGUACUGGUCAAGUAAAGGACAAAGUAAUCCUGCGAUACCUGAGACACUAAUAUACAAGUUGGCCAGUGAGUUGUGUGUUGUUACUGAGAUCAAUAUACGCCCUUUCCAAGUUUACUUUCAUUUCGGUUUACCUAUAUGUUCGGCUAGAUCUGUGCGAUUUCGAAUGGGUCAUCCCAAAAGCCUUGCGGAUGUAGGGAGUGAUCUCCCUGGUGACUCAUUUCCUGGUUCUGCUGAUGACAAGUUCGUAUGGACCUACACUUCGCAAGAAUUUCCAAUGGCUCAGGAAUGCGAGUUGCAGAAGUUCAAGCUUCCAGAACCUGUUCUUUGUGUUGGAGGAAUUUUGCAGAUUGAGUUGCUGGGUAGUGUCCACAGAUGUGACAUAGAUGGCCUAUUCUAUAUAUGCAUAUCUUAUGUUCAAGCUGUGGGGCGGUCCUUAUCACCAGCAUUUGGUGUAGAAAUUCUUGAACCAUCUGGGAAGUUUGUCUUGAAGAAUGACAUGAAGCACAAGCCUCAUACCCACCCGAGCUUACCUGAGGAUGAGCCCGGUGAAAUCUCUGCUGAUCUCUUGCAGAGACGUCUCAGGGAAAUGUUAUAUGAAUUUGGUGAAGAGGAAAACGAAGCAUGGGACGCAGAUGAUCUCUGAAUUUGUUAUAUAUUGUAUCUACUUAAUCACAACCCCCCCUCCCUCCUUUUCCAAAACAAAACAAGGGAUGCUAUUGAACUGAAUUUGGCUCAAGUUUCUUGUCUCUUAAGGCCUUUCCAUAUGAAGGAUUAUAUCAGAAAAUCCUUCUUUCUUCCUAUGCAGUCCUUCUAUCAAGAGUUGUAUAGCCUUGAAUAUUGUUUUUUUCUCGUGUAGUGGUAUUAACGAUAUUGUAAGUCUUUUUCCUAUUAGAAAUUGUUAAGACAUUACUUAUCAAAAAAAAUAUAUUGUUAAGACUUUACGUCUA